AUGCUCCCGCCGUGCCUCCGCCCCGGGCGGCUGCUGCCGGCCCCGCCGACCCGCCCGGCCGCCAUGCGGGGAGCGGCGGCUGCCACCGCAGGGGGGCCCGCCCGGGGACCCGGAGCCGGCCGCGCUGAGCAGGCUCACAAGGUGGUUGCGAGUUACAAACCCUCCAAGUUCGACAGAAAAAUCCUCCUCUGGACCGGCCGCUUCAAGACGGAAGAAGAGAUUCCUCCAAGGAUCCCGCCAGAGAUGCUAGACAGGGCAAGGAACAAAGCUCGAGUUAAAGCUUGUUACAUCAUGAUUGGCCUUUCCAUUGUUGCCUGUUUUGCAGUGAUUGCUUCAGCAAAAAAGGCUGCUGCACGUCAUGAGUCCUUAACAAGCUGGAAUUUGGCAAAGAAGGCCAAGUGGCGGAAAGAGGCUGCGCUAGCAGCGGAGUCAAAGACAAAGUAA